CUCAUAAGGAAUUUGACCAUUACAAGUGUCUUGGAUUUUGUUUCGGAUUUUAUCUCCUAAGAGCCGGGGUAAACCGGCUAAAAACUUUACUUUCCAAAAUGGUUGAUUUCCAUCUUCUCUAUGAAUAACCCUAGUUAAAAAGGUAUCUUUGUACCAUCGGAAGUCAUGAAACUUUUUACAAUGAAGAUUAGAAAGUAGUUCGGCAUUUUUAUCUUUUAGAUGUGAAGGAUCUCCAAUAAAAUAUUUUGAAAUGGCAAAAAUCAGAGAUGCAACUGCAUCUUGAGAAGAUUGAUUAUUGGAGUCUAAAAUAGGAGUUCCAGAAGAAUCACAUUUGACAGCUGUAAAAAUAGUUCUCUGGUCUUCUGCGGUUAAGAUAUUAUCCCACCAACCCUUUAAUUGACCAGCAAAGCCGGCUAUAAGUAGUUCAGCUAUAGCGUCAUCAGAAGUUUGAUUUUGUGUUUUGUAAGCAUUAGCUACCAUGGUCAUUUGUUGAAGAAGGUCCAAAAUUUGAUAUUCUGAAAAUCCAUCAAGAUUCCAUUCAUAAAUAUAAUUGGAGUUGUAUUUAUUUUGGAUAAUGGUGGGUUUCUCUUCGAGAGCUAAAUCAGGUGUUGUGGGACGUGGGUAAUACAUCUUAGAUGCAGAGGGUUGGUUCCAUCAGAGAUGAUUGAUUUCUGUUUCAAUAUGACCUUCUUGGUCUUGAAUUACUUCGGCUGAGUCAUCGGCGAUUUGAUCCUCGUUGCUCGUGGAUUUUGAGUCAGAAAUAUAAGGAGUCUUAGAAAUGGAUAGUUGUGUAGAAAGUUGUUUAAGACGUUUUUUCUAUUUCAAGCUUAAAUUCAAGACUAGAUUCUUUAGAAACUUCAAAAGGUUUGAAAAUGGGGGAAUUAAGUUUGUUGGAAGGAGGAAUAGGAGUAUUUGAAGUAGACGCAAAACACAGAGGUAAACUGAUUUCAACAUUAGUAAGUUGAUCUCCUAGGUCUGAAGAAAUCGGUUUGUAUAAUUGUUUUGUUCAAUCAGACGUCGAAUGUCUUCUCCUUUGACAUGGUCACUAUUUUCUCAUCUUAAUUUAAAAGGAGAGGCUUGAACUGCUGUUCCAUAAUAAGAAAAAUUAACAGGAGCAUUAGGGGGGUGAAUAGAUUGGAUCUUAGAGUUAUUAGUAGUUAACCAAGUCAUAGGCUUGGUUUGAACAUUUAUUGAAGAUUGAGAAAAGACUUGUUCGAACCAAUUAAAGAAAGAAUGGUGUUCUCGUAUAUUAUUGAGAUAAUCAUAGAAAGAGUUCUGUAUAAGUACACGUUCUUCUUUAGAGUGAUCAGUAAAAAAUUUCUCGCGUUUAAAACGGUUUCGUUGGGAAUAGAAAUCAUGGCGAAGAAAUUCUUUGUUGAUUUUGAACUCUUGUGUAAUGACAUCAAGAGCAGAAGGGAUUUCGUUUUCAGGAAAUGCAGCUUGUGAGGCAGUAGGAGACAUAUUUGGUGUUCUCGAGGUAUUUAUAUUUGGAAAAAGAGUUGUGGGAGGUGGUGGAGUAUAAACUGGCUGAGGUAUGUUGUUGGAGUUAUUGAUUCCUCGUAGAUCAUAGUUGAGUGUAGAGUAGGUAUGUCGAGUGGGUGUAGAUAUGGGAGAAAGAUUUCUACAAGAUUGGCUUCUAAGAAAAGUAUUGAUGCGCUGUCGAGCAUCGUCUGUCAAUUCAAGGUCUAUAUCAGAAAUGCUAGAGAUGGAGUUCCUAGCAAAAGAGAUGUUUACAGUACCAUCAAGAUGUUGAGUAAUUUGAUUAACCUGACAAUGGUCGAUGCUUCUGGGAAUGGUAGCUCCUUCAAGGGUCCAUUGUGUAGGAAGAGUAACUUCUCCCCAUUUGAUAGUUUUGGGAGUAACAGUGUUAGUACGAGUUAAAUCAGUUUGCCAAAUUAUAGUUUCUCCUUUUGUACCAUAUUGAAGAGCUUUAGAAGAGAAAGCAGAUUUCAUAGCUUUAUAGUCUAAGCGGUAAACCAAAGAGAUAGGUAAAGAUCCUUGUUGGAUUUUAUAGUUGAAAGUUUUUAUUUGUAGGGUUAAAACAUCUAAAAUAUUUUUGUCAUGAAGAGAGACAGUAAAGUUUGGAAAACAAUUGAAGUAAAUGGGGCCAUUACAAAGACUUGAUUCAACAGUUCCAAGUAAAGAGUCGUUAAACUCAAGAAACCGACAAUCUCGUAAAACCAUUAAAAUAGUAGUAUUAAGGCCUUCUUUGGAUAGAGGCUUAAUCCCUACUUGAACUAACCCAAUAUGGAUAUAGUUGUACUUCUUUUUGUGUUGUUGAAUAGAAUUUUGAGACAAAAAUUUGAUAGUUUCAUAAUCAUUGAAAAGAUGAAUAUCUCUUUCUUCGAUUUUGAUGGUAUAAUCCAUUUUAUUGAGGAAGUUAAAUUUGCUUUGCUCAUAAAUUUCCUUUUGGGCAAUCCUAGAAAUUUGCCAAUUAUCAAUUUCUUUACAGACAGUUUCAAAAUUAAUUUCUUCUUGGUUGAUCACACGGUUCCCGGUGAUGUCAGAAUUAGAGGAAGAAGAGGAAGGUCUAAAAAUCGAACUCAUGACUAGAGGAAAGAAAGGUAAACAAAGGCUGGAUCUAACUUACAGGUGAGAUAGGUUAACGGCCAAAGACGGUCUUACAACUCUCUCACAAAGGACUCAACUAGGAUCUAACCAUGGGGUACCCAUCUCUCAACUAAUACCAGUAAGGACGAUCAACCUGAUGUUGUUUUUAUGCCAAAAAGCAUUGGGAGUAUAAGCACAAAUAGAGCUUUCAAUGUGCUCUUUUAAAGAGUUUAUUCGUUUUUGCAAAAGAGGUUGAGAAAGCUGUUGUAAGAUUCGCUGCAAAUGUAUCUCAUCAUGCAAAUAAGAUAUUUGAUUAGUUUUACAAUGAAUUAUAUGAUGUAUAUAUUUUAUAGAAGAACGUCGUAAAACAUUUAGGUUUCGAACUUUUGGUUUUUGGAGAAAUGAGAAUUCAACUUUGUUUCCUAACACAACAGUGUUAAUUCCUUGGUCGGUGAUGGUAAAAGGUUUUAGAAGAUUUAGAAAAGGUGUCCCUAAGAUCACCUUUUGUUGCAUGUCACGUACUAGGAUAAAAUGAGUUUUGAAUUCAACAUUUUGAUGGCAAAUUAAAGCAUUAGAAAGUUUAUAUUGUAUUUGAAGAGGUUGAGAGUUAGCGGUAGAUAGACGCUCGAGGGUCUUUUCAUAGUACUUAGUUGGAAUUAAUCCUUCUUGGAUGCAGUGCAUGUCUGCUCCUGUAUCAAGAAGGGCCACUGUCCUUAAAGUAAAAUUAGAAGAAACCUGAAUAUUAAUGAUAACAUACCAUUUUUGGGUAGUAAUGGUAGAUAAAAAAACAUAGAAAAUCGUCAUCAGUUAGCAUUUCCUCUGUUUCUAAACUAUUGGUUGCGUGAGGAGUUUCAUCUAAAAAGUUUUUGGGGCUAGAUGUUGAUGGCUCUUCUAAAGGUUUGAGAGCUAUUAAAGUUUGUAAUAUUUCAUGAUCACUAUUUUGUAACUGUCAUAAUUGUACCAUAUGGUAUUGACUGGUAAUAACUUACAAUUUUUUUUUGUUUCAAAGAAUAUCAAAGUGGAUAUCAUUUUGAAGAGCAAAAUUAAUAUGAUCUAACUGUGCAAAAAAUUAAAUUCCGAGUUAAAACGAGUGAGAAAUCUUCCGUUAAAGAUUAAGUAAAGGAAAAUUAAAGUU